GUUCACGCACCCCGCGAGCUCGUACGAGCGGCGCUCCUCCCCUCCCCCACAACGCACGCACGGUGGAAGAGACGCGCGGAGAUCUACGGCACCGAGUCGAUCAGCGGGCGCAGUUUUUGUGUGUGUGGUUUGUUCGGCUGUUUUGUUAUAUUUUUUUUUGUUGAAGUGGGGUUGGGGAUGCCAGCCUCUACCAGCGACAGAGGCACGUUUCAAGAGGAGAUCAGCUUUUCGGUGGCUAUUUGGGCUCUUGCUGCUACGGCUGCUGCUGCUGUUGCUGCACAUCACAUCAACAGUGCGACGGAACAAAUCCAACAUCAGCCGUGCGUGUGCACAGCUCUUCGGGAUACGCGGCUGAACUGAGCGGUCGGAGGGAAAUUGGGGGACGAGGCGUGGAGAAAAAUUUUUUUGGGAGGGGGGGGGGAUACCUUGUGGUUUUGUUUGCGCGGUUGUGUCUGUGUGUGCGUGUGUAUAUAUGUACACACGCACACACACACACACAAACAAGACGAUACUCUCGAGAAGACACCAUCAGCCAGAAGCAGAGCUCCGUCUCCCAACAACCGCCGUGGAAGAAGAGCAUGAAGGAGGCGCCUUUUACGCAUGAGCGUCGCCACGCGCCUACGAUGAGCAGCAGCGCGCACCGCCGCCAGCCGCCGCGCACCCAGCCGCCGUCGGGACGAUGAAAUCGUACGUCUACAGCCGCCUGCUGGUGGUCUUCCCCUGGGUCCUGGUCGUGAUCCUGGUCAGCGACUUGGACUUGAGCAAGAGCCGGCUGCGCCACGGCUACUUCCACCACGCGCGGGGCCCCCCGAGGAACGAGUGUUGCAACGCCAGCAGCAGCAGCAGCAGACCGCUCGUCCCCGUGGUGUACUGCAUCACCCCCACGUACAGCCGCGCCGUGCAGAAGGCCGAGCUCACGCGGCUGGCCAACACGUUCCGCCAGGUGCCGCGCUUCCACUGGCUCGUGGUGGAGGACUCUGGCCAGAAGACGGCCCUCGUGGGCGCCCUGCUGGCCGGCUGCGGCGUGGCGCACACGCACCUCAACGUGGCCACGCCGAGGAGGUUCAAGCGAGCGGGGCAGCCCAGGGCCACGGAGCAGCGCAACGAGGGCCUCAAGUGGCUGCGGAGGAACAGAGCCGCGUCCCGCGACCGGGGGGUCGUGUUCUUCGCGGACGACGACAACACCUACAGCCUGGAGCUCUUCCACGAGAUUCGCAGCGUCCACCAGGUGGGCGUGUGGCCAGUGGGGCUCGUGGGCGGACGACGCUACGAGCGGCCCCUGGUGGAGAGAGGCCGCGUCGUGGGGUGGUACACGGGCUGGCGGCCCGACCGGCCCUUCGCCACCGAUAUGGCAGGAUUUGCAGUCAAUCUGGAGGUCCUUCUCUUAAACCCGAAAGCCGUGUUCAAGAGGAGAGGCUCGCAGCCCGGCAUGCAGGAGUCCGACUUCCUCAAGCAGAUCACCACCAUGGAGGAGCUGGAGCCCAAGGCAGAUAACUGCACCAAGGUUCUCGUGUGGCACACGCGGACAGAGAAGGCAAACCUUAUCAAUGAAUCGCGAGAUAAACAGGAAAAGAUUUAUAUCGAGGUGUGACGGAGGGCACCUCAGGCGAGCUGCCAACUCUUCCCCUUUGCCUUAUGGACGACGUUUCACUUUUAAGAAGAAAAAUAAUGCUUAUUGCACUGCUGGGACGACAUAAUAAAGCUGAAGCGCAAUUCCCCCAAUUCCCAAAACAACUGGAAUGCCAACCCACUUGCCACACUUUCCCUCUCCCCACCUCGUAUUGUUUCAAGCCCCUUCCCAGUUUUGUUUUGAGAAAUCGCCGGGACUAUUGUGAAAGCGACGCUUGACGACUUCAUGCUGAAACACUGAAUGGAAGAAAGAAAAAUGAAAGAGGCAACAAAUGCAAAGUAAACCUCACAAGGGAUAAAUGGAUCACCUUUUCCCCUUCUCAAUUCCCUUCAGGGCUAUGUUAGAAUGUGCACAAUUCAGCCUAAUUAAAAUACGUUUGGAGUCCCAUUAUUCUCUACAUAUUAAUGAAAUCUGUCACUGGAGGAUGAAAUACGAGUGUCAUUGAUUGUCAUUACAUAAUUGUACAUACCGUAUGUUGGUUCCUAUGUGGCACAGUUUAGAGAGUUAAUAUUGCAUGUAAGAUGGAAAAUGAUCCUAUUUAUAUGUAAAUUUUGCACAGUUUACAUUAGAACCCACGGCUAAAGGAAGUCUUUUGAUACAACUGGUAGUCUGUGAUAAUGGAUUGUUGUCAUAUAUUGGCUUUCUGCUUCCUUUCCAGCUUUGAAUUUUUUUAAAUACAUUACACAAAUUGUAAUUGCAAAUGAUUUUUAUGGAAAGUUACAGGGUUGAGAAAGGAACGUGUGAAAUGCAUCUUCUGUGGCUUAUAAACGUGUUUCGAAUAGCUAAUCUUACAAAGUCUUGUGAUCUGCUCAUGCAGCGGGGGGUGGAAAACAAAAAAAACGGCACGGGAAGAAUGAAUGAAUGACUGGAGACCUUGUCAGCUCAACGUCACGCUCAGCGCACCCACCACAGCAAUGCAUCAUUGCUACGAUCCUUUUAAAUAAAGACCACUGCUGAGACUACGAUGGCGGACGCACAGCAGAACAAAUGUC